AUGUAUGUGGACAAGAAAAUUGAACCAUCUCAACUUUUUGACCAUCGGACAUUGUUAUUUAUUGUUAUAGGGGCUGAGUGUAAAACAGAUGAUGUGAAGAGAGCAUUUACUCUUCAGCCUGGAGGAUCUGUUACUAUUCCAUGUCAUUAUGACAGAAAAUAUAUUCAACAUAAGAAAUACUGGUGCUAUAGUUACUAUGCAACAUACAAUUACUGCUCUAUUCUGGCAUCCGCUAAUGAAACUAAGGGAAGAGUGUCAGUAGUUGAUCAUCCUGAUCAGAGUUUAUUUACCGUCACUAUGAGAAACCUGCAGGAUCAAGACACUGGAGCUUACUGGUGUGUUGUGGAAAUUGAAGGGAUUCUAAAUGUGGAUGUGACCGAGGAGCUUCAUCUCUCAGUCCAAUCAGUUCCUGAUGUGUCUGUGGUGUCCAGCAGUGUAUCUGGAGAUGAAGGUGGUAAUAUCAGUGUAAAGUGUCUCUACAGUUCUGCAUAUAAGAANAAUUAA